UUAACACUCUACAACCAGAUGCAUCACUUACUACAUCCAGUACGUUACUCUCCAUAUCAGUAACAGUUCCAGAAAACAACUCAAAGUCUCAAGGCACUGAGGUCGGAAAAAAUGCAAGCUCUUCAGCAACUAGCUCCUCUUAUUCCAGUGUUAUGUUGCCAGUGGUUAUUGCUUUGAUUGCAAUAACACUUUCAGUAUUUGUUCUGGUGGGUUUGUAUCGAAUGUGCUGGAAGACAGACCCAGGCAUGCCAGAAAAUGGAAAUGAUCAACCUCAGUCCGAUAAAGAGGGUGUGAAGCUUCUCACUGUUAAGACAAUUUCUCACGAGUCUGGUGAGCAUUCUGUGCAAGGAAAAAAAAAGAACUGACAGCUUGGUGAAUCCUCACCACACCUGGGCAAUAAAUAUGCUUAAUCUUCAGCCUCUACACUCCAGAGAUUAAAAAAAGAGAAGGUCCUGCAGAACCACCUGACUUCCAGUCCUGCUCGCGAGUCUGUAUCAGUUGCCUAUUCCAAUCAAGUGACGUACAAAUGACAUACAAUAAUUUAACAGAAUCAAGAAGAAUUGGGGCCUCCCCUGUCCUUUGUGACUCAAACAAGCACAUUAGUCCAUUUUAUAGGAACAUUUCUAGGAGAGCAGCUUUUAGGAGGGGUGUUUGUGAACAGUAUUGCUAACAACCCAGGCAGGUGGGCUCGCUGACUGCAUGCAUUUCCCUGGAGUUUAAAGUUUCUGGGACCAACAACUGUUAUCUAUGGAAACUUUCCUACUUUCUUUUUGUUCUUAUGUUACCUAAUGUUUGUAUUUAUUGUUUUCCACUAUGUUAUUCCAGGAAAAAUUUGCAAGUGUAUUAUUAAAUAUUAAGUAGAAAUCAUACCAUGCCACUUUGUACAUACAGAUAUUUUAUUCAUAUUUUCUUGUGUUACUUUUAAUAAAUAAUUACUGUACUCAAUACACUAAAAUAUCAUAACAUGACUGUAAAAAUAGCCAUGGUAUUGUCUUUCUUUAAUUAUGGAUAUUUUUGGAUUGAUUAUUAGAAUAUGAGUAUUCACUGAUGAAAGGCAUCUGUAAUAAAUGAGAAAGGGACAAAGGAUCCUCGUAUCAGACCCUGUUAGGGGGAUAGAAAUUUGCCAUUUCUUUGGUCUUUCUGUUUGUAAUUCACACUAUGUAACAAGGAGGUAAGGGCAUUUAUGACACUCUGUACUGCAUUCAUUAAGAUAAUAGGAUCAAGAUUUUUCAUUAAUCCAUUUGGUU